GAUCUGUAUAAAUUUAAAAAUAAAAAAACACGCGCUUAAUAUACACACGUUCUUAACAUAUUUGUGUAUGUUCAUAACAUAAACUAAGGUAUAGGCUUGGGCGUUAAGGGAAAUUGCACGUCAACACGUGGACAUGAUGAAAGCCCUCUUCCACAGUUUCGAAUCAUAUUUUGGCAAAAAAAAAUGCCCAAUUUUGUACUAAGGAAAAAAUGAUAUUAACAAACAGUAACAGAACCAUACUGAUAAAAAUUUGAAUGAGGAUCUAUGAUAAAAUUAUUUUAAUAAAUAAAUACCGUAAUCAAAUCAGUUCACAAUGCAUUUAAUAGGAACUAUAUUUGUUUUUUAUGGGUUUUCAAUGUUAUAUUUUGAAAUCAUUGGAGCUUAUCAUUUGCAUACCAGAAAAGAUUUAUCUGUUCAAGAAGGAAAACCCCUUUACCUAAAUUACUCCUUUCCUAUUGAAUAUCCAGAACAUAUCGAAAAUAAGGGUUAUAUAGAUUGUAAUUGGGUUUUUCCUAUUGAAGAAAAUAAAUUGGUUGAUAUACACGAUAUUCCAUCAAUAUCAGAUAAUUUGACAACUUUGAUUUGUGAUUUGGAAAUCCCUGAAGUAAGUGGGUUACAUGAAGGUCUCUACAAGUGCCAAUUCUUUUAUAAAAGAGAACUUAUUGCAGAACAAUCUUUUUAUAUGACAGUUGAAAAAACUGAAACAAGUUUAAAAUCAACUUUCAAUUGGUGGUAUGUUGAAGGAACACUAUUGGCAAUUUGUUUGUUAUUAAUAUGUUAUUUAUUAUUUCUAUGCUGUAGAAGAAUUUAUAAGAACCGUAAUAAUGCUGAUUCAACAAUAAAAAAUAAUAACGUUCAACAACAAAUUCCUCUUAAUACCCAAAAUGAUUGUAAUGAAACGUCGGUAGUAAAUAAAACGUCUUCAAGGAAUAAAACACCUGAAGUUAAAGAAACAGCCGAAUUGAUACCGUCAACGCCACGUGAAUCAAGAAAGCGAAGACUUUCUACUAUAUGAUUAAGUUGAGAAAAUUAAGUUUAACUUCUUUAAAUUUUUUUUAUGUUUAUAAAUUUAAUAUAGACAUUUAAUUUUACAAAAAUCAGAUGAAACGCUUUAUGUAAGUUAAGAAAAAUCAUAAAAAAAGUUUAUAGAA